AGAUUUUGUUUUUGUACGUAUUGUUUUUAUAUAGUUUCAAAGAUGCCAGAUGCGAGGAAGAGGAUAAAUUCCUUACUUUACGAUGAAGGAACUACUUACCGAACAGAUUACCAAAUCGUUCCCUUUAGAGAAUAUCCUAAAACGGUUUACCAGCCGAAGAAAAGUCGUUAUGUGAGGGGUCAACCAGCGUACAGAAAUGUGCAUACGUUGUCCGAGUGGAAGGGUACUAUGCCGCCCUUUAACGCACUUCUAAAGCCCAAAGACAUUUUGCAAACUAGACCUUGUGUGGUCCAACAGCCUUAUGUAAAACCAAUCGAUACUGACAGAGAGAUGGUCCAAAAAAUCCGACCACGGCUGGUGAUGACACCAGCUGUCAGUAUGGAUGACAUUACUGAUUCGCGAGCACGUGAUAUACUCUGUACGGACAUGUAUACGAGCGAUAUGACGCGCGCAACAAAGGAGGCAGUCGCACCGUACACUAAUGUACGAGCACCUUUUCCCGGCCUGCCUGCGCCUGCUAAUCCUAUUGUGUUGCCGAAACUUCAGUCGCCUUUAGUAUCACCGGAAUGGCGAAUGGAGAGCGUUGCGUGGGAUGGACAACAACUUAGGAGCUAUUGUGACGUCAGUAAAGAUUUCUGGCUGUCACAUGAUUUGCCUAGGUGUCGAGCUUGUGACGAAACUAAAAUAGUUAAAGAUCAUAGAGACAACUUAAGAAAAAUGAAACGAGGGAAAUAGGUGAAGUUAUUCAAGAACAAUCUAAAGUCCUACUCCAAUAUUCCUUCAACAAAAAC